ACGGACAUCUUGGUGGUGAGCUGUGACCUGAUAACGGACGCUGCCCUCCACGAGGUGGUCGACCUGUUCCGGGCCCACAACGCCACCCUCUCCAUGCUGAUGAGCAAAGCCCAUGAGUUCACCGAGACCGUCCCCGGACAGAAGGGAAAGAAAAAAACUGGUAUGAUUCAGAUGAUUAUAGCACAACAAGCAUUAUUACACCAGAUCCUGCAUUGAGUUUGAGUCAACCAAAAAUAGGGAAUGCACAACACUACUUCAUGUCAUCUGUCAGUAGUUUUAUGGAUGUUAAAAUGGUACAUUUCAAAGCUUCAUUCACUAAAAAGGAUAUUCCCCGGUUAGCAACUGUUUAUUCGCAUGUAACAAUCUGCGAUCAACAUUUUUUUUUCUAAAUCUGUCUUAUUAAACCGAGUGAAUGUCUGUAGGCCUAGAUGUUAGUUUACAAGCCAGGCAGAUGGCUAGCUUGUUAGUCGUGUGGUGAGAUCUUAGCCAUUUAUAUGCGAUUGUUCCUCUGGUGUCUUCCUUCUCCCAGGGGAGCAGAGGGACUUUGUUGGGGUGGACGGCACAGGAAAGAGGCUCCUCUUUAUGGCCAACGAGGCCGACCUGGACGAAGGUCUGGUCAUCAGGAAGUCCAUCAUGAGAAAGUGAGUAUUACUGAAUCAGCACAUCUAGUGGUUAAAGGUAGACUCUACUAAAUUACGUUGCCACAAGCAGCACUGCAGAUAUUGCGAUGAACAAGAUGCAAGACUUAUUUCCCACACAAUAUCUGUGCAUGUGCAUAGGUUCGCUUGUUAGAGCAUGGUAGGUAUGGGACCAAAACAGUGGGGGAGUUUAGCCUCACGCUUCACCGCUCUUAGUUGUUGAGUCUACCUUUAACAAUGGGCUCCCCUCAAACCCAUUAAUGCCUAUUGUUUGGCCGGAGAUGAUACAUUUAAACGUAUAAAAUGUUUUUUUAUUUCAAAUAUUUUCAUUGCCGUGUGAAAUUAAAUUGCCGUUCUCACUAUUAAUGAUGUGACGUUUUCAUAACCUUACAAAUAAUGUGACCGAGUUGGUCUGGGUAGGAACUGGCAGUCAGGUACAACAACACCUCCCGGGUCUAACAAUACAGGGAUACAUAUUUUAUAACUUCUCUUUUGAGUCUGACUACUAGCUUGUAAGUUUUCUCCAAGUCUUUCCACUGGGCUGUCUUAUCAACUGACCUGGGUUCAAAUACUAUUUCAAAUACUUUAUCUGUGCAUGUUUGAGCUUGCCUGGCACAACCAACACUCAACUGGCUCUCCAGGCAGGAAAAAGCAAAUGCUUAACGCAUUUGAAAGAGUUCAAUAGUAUUUGGACCCAUGUCUGUCUUAUCAAGCCACCAGGUUGUGUGUGUGUGUGUGUGUGUGUGUGAGCACAGCACAAGGCGGGGAGUGGAGUGUUGAAGGGAACAAUGCAAACUUGCUCAGAUCUGACCCUGCAUUUGUGUGGGAUUGCUAAUAGAAACACAGCUCUCCCCAGCCUUGGCUGUCAUGAGACUAACCAAUUACUCCAGCUAUACAGGGAUUUGCUCCUGCUUUGGCAGUCCUCUGCUGUUUUUCCACAGCAGACCUGUUCCAGCUUAGCGCAUGCUGUGGUCCUAUUUCCUUUUCUUUCACUUGUUCUCUCUUUUUCAAACGUCCAUGUAGGCUUUAGCAUUGUGCUGGGUGGUUGUGUGUGUGUGUGUGUGUGCUUGCAUGUGGCUGCUCUUAAGCCUUCUAUUGAAGCUCUUAUUUCAUCGCCACCCUACGUCUUAAAGCAGCAAUCAGCAGUAGAAACAAUAACAACACAUAUUCCCCGCCCUUUUUUUGGUAAAAAGCUGAGGGAUGGGGCUGGAGAAAUGUAACCACUCAUAGACAGAGCUAUGGAUACAAGGACUGACAUGCCAUGAUAUCAAAAGUAUAGUUUUAAACAUGUUUUGAGGCUAAAUAGUGUUUGUGUACAUUUGCUUUGUUUACAAACAUUGGAGCAAAACAAGCUUAUAUUUUGGGUUCUGAUGGGGUAUGACAGUUGAACUACGCUCAUGAGGCAUUUAUAAGUUAUAUUCUUCGCCAAAGGUUGUGAGUUGUGGGUUCGAUUCCCGCUGGGGCCACCCAUACGUAAAAUGUAUGCACGCAUGACUAUAAGUCGCUUUGGAUAAAAGCGUCUGCUAAAUGGUAUUUAUUAUGAUGGUAUUAUUUAUAAGGCCAACAAUGGAUGUUGCAACUGCUGAUUGCCUCUUUUAAAGAUUUAAAGCAGAAUUCAUGUUUGUUCAAUUGCCAAAGGUGUAAAUCCUACUUGACCAGAUCAAUAAAAUGACCUAUUGAUGUAAAAUACUUGCUAAUGUACUGUCCACUAUGAAAUAAAUCUAGGUAUUUAGGCCAUUUAGAGCUGAUAAAACGUCAUGCAUAAGGAAUUUGAAUAAUAAGGAUCUAGAAUAAUGAACUAGAUUGCCAUUUCUUUCAAAAACUAAUAUGACUAUCUCAAUACUAACUUGCUCAUCAAAUACCCGUACGUCUAGUGUGCACAAAACGUAUGAACCCAUUAGAAGCAUUAUCUUGAGUCCCCUGUGUGGUGUCUAUGAUGUCUGGGCUGAAAGAGCUGAAGCUGUCGACAUCCUGGCUGGACCUGGACUGCAGCCCUGGGCCCAUAUUCAUAAAGUAGUUAUCUAGGAUCACAUCCUCCCUGUCCAUAUAAUCUUAUCCAGUAUGAUCUUAAAGGCAAAACUGAUCCUAAAUCGGCACUCUUACGAGACACUUUGUGAAGAUGGGCCCAGGUCUUGUGCCUUGGUCCUGGGGUUCUGGGCCUUGGUCCUGGGCUUCUGGUCUGUGGACUGGUCCUGUCCACUGAUCUGGGCCAUGGGCUCUGGGCUGCGGGUUCUAUGCUCUAGGUUCUAGGUUGUGGACUCUGGUCCUGGGCUAUGGGAGCUGGUCUAUUGGGAGCACAUAAAUACUUCAGGGAGCUAGGGCCACUGUAAAUCCUGCCCAAUAAGAGAGGGGCCGCAGCAGCUGUAAGCACGCUUCCCUGCAAAAGGAAAUUGGCCACACGCGCUAAUGUGAGAUACGCACACACAUGCAUGUAGCAAACACACACAUACACACACCAUAUCACACGCAGUUGUGGGCUUGUGGCACUACAUUCAUACUGAGCAUACUUACACUAAAAUACUUGUAUAUAGGAAACAUCUGAACAUUUUGGCCUGCACAUGCACAUUGAAAGACUGGCAAAUUGUAUCUCCACAUGAACAGUCACAACAUGCACAACCUCAAAAGCCUCACAGGCCUGAAGUUUUUUAACCAUUUUUCCCCAAAAAUGAAACUUCACCUAGUUGAGCUUUAAAAGAGAAGUCGUCAAUCAGCCCUAGGCCACUUGUUGAGAGACUGAGGUGUAUUGAGUUAGUCAGUCUUGUGAUAUCUUAAAGCUAGCCUAAGUAUCAAUGCUUGGUCGUUUAUUUCAGCCCCAGUUGUCAAAGGUCUCUGUUUCCCCCCCAUUAACCACCUUUUUCCUGAGCGUAGGAAGUUUGAGACGUCUGAAAGUCGUUCCCUGGCUGUUUGUCUAAGCUGUCUCCAAAGUCUUUCUUUACUUGUCUGCCGUUGUAUUUAUACAGACAUAGGCUGGGAGACGUAUGGAAUGGGAACGCUGUGCUGCUGUCCUAUACUGUGGUACGGCUAACCUGGGACCAAUGGCUUAGCCACCACUCACUUUGGGCCACUCAAUUCCUUUGUACACGUUUCCCAUUGAUAUCAAUGCAUGAGUUAUAUGAAGUUACAAACGCAGAUCUUGAGUUAGGAUCUUAAGUUGGUAUUCAGCCCUUAAAGAUAACUUUCUCUUCUGUUCUAAUGCCCUCAUCCCUUGCUUUCUUUGAUAAACUGAAUAUUUGGCCUACAUGUUACAGAAGGGUAUGGUCAAUAUUCUUCAGACUCUUAUUUUGAUAAAUUUAUAAAGGUAUUGUUUGAUAACCAGUAUUUGUUGGUUACCAUCAGGUCCAACAAACUGCAUGUUCUUGACCCCUGUCCUAGAUUACCACCACAUUUUCCCAUGCUAGUAGUCUGUGAGUGGUGACACCCUUCACUACCCAUUUCCACAUGUGAGCUAAAUGCAAGCUGAAAACAUGCUACACAUGUGAUAUGAGUUGGCCCCUGAAUUUAUUUGACAGUGUGGCUCCUGCAGAUUCCUCGCAUCCAAUGUUGCUCCACUUUCCACUGUAAAUCCAACAGAGGUGAAGUCAGAGUCCUUACUGAACUACCAUAGUUUAAUUCUCUUUUAGGAUCAAAUCAUGGAUUUGGUCAAUCACUUGAGGUCUACAGUAUCUGGUUCCCGCUAAACUAAAUAUAUUUGAAGAAUUUAGUACCAUUGCAAAACAAGUAGCAUGUGUCUUGUCCCCUGUGUGCAAUGAAGCACACUCCUCAAACAUUCCUCUCUUUAAAUAGCGUCAAUCUAUUGUCCAAUGGCAGGUGGCAAAGUUUGGGAAGCUAUACAUUUAACUGCACGUUUUCCCAACUAACAACCCAAGUCUGGAAUUUUUUUGUCCCUUCAUAUUUACUUUCUGUGCUCAGACAAGAGAGAAUACAAAGAGCCUAGGUCUUUAUAGUAAAGCUCAGUGUAGCUAGCUGCUUGAGCAAAUUUGCCUGGGCUUUGCGGUGGUGUUGACACAGACUAGGUCCAGAAUAGCAGUUAUAACUGUCCCUUCAGAGAGAAGCACAAGGAACUCAGUCCGGUGUUAUACUUACUCUUGAAAGUUGUAAUAGUAGAAUGCACAAGGUGCAAUUUCAAAAAUUGAUAGUGUGCCAUCAGUUCCUGUUGUCAUGUUAGUCAUUGCAUACCUUCGAGAGCUAUUUAUAACUUGUCAGAAAUGUCCAGAUCAACUAGCCCAUGUCAGCUAACGUUUUUUUAUUUCGUUUUCUUUUGCCCAUAGAUAUUGUUGUAAUUUUCACUCAUAUCACAUGAAUACACAUUAGACCUGGCAAAAUGUAUAGAAUUGCAAGAAAACUAGCUUUAAAACUGCUAAAUGUUCUUUGCACCCCAUGACAAAAUGUGUAGAAUUGCAGAAAAUAAGCUUUAAACCUGCUAAAUUCACUCCACCAACAAGAGGGGUGUGAACAGUUUGUGUCAGGAACAGUGAUUGUGCCCAUAGAAAAAGACGUGGCGCAUGUGCGCGGGGGGGCGCAAUGCUGGAACGGGGGCCUGAGUGAAAAAGUUUGUGAACCUCUGCUCUAGACUACCAGGAAUUACACAUUAGACUUGUUUGGCAAAUGCAGUGGUUUAUGGCCUAACAAUGUGUAUUGUAGUUCUACUAAAAUGAUCAGCAUGUAGGCCUUCCUAGUAGAUGGACAGACUAGGCCUGUUGCCGCUCCUGCUUUUGUUUAACCAUGGUGCCCUUCUCCAUAAAGGGCACCCGUUGACCCCUUCGUUGGCCUGCCUCCCUGCCUGCCUGCCCAGCCCCACAGGUGCCAAACAAUGAUGUCAGAUGCUGGUUGUUCCUCUAAAUCCCAUUCACCUCCAUUUGCAUUUGGCGUACAGUACACACACACACACACACACACACACACACACACACACAAAGACACACAGGAUAUGACAACCUGUUUUCUCUACUCUGGUCUGUGUGUGGACCGGAGGAGCACAUUAGGACCACAUGCGGGUGGUGUGCUAGGAUAUUCCUGUUUCUGUUUUUAGCCCCUCGUUGGUGGGUUCAACACAUGGCCCCUCUGUGAGCUGGUUAAUGGAAUGGCUCAAAGUUGUAGUAAUUUACCUCUUGCAUGUUUACCCACCUCCGCCUUCCUUCUUCCCCCUGAAAACGUGAUUUAUACGGCCCGGCAUCUGGUUCUGAAGUCUGCAUGGCCAAACAGAGCUGACUCAUUCUCAAUGCUUCAAAUCUCAUUCUUCACCCAAGAAAAGGCGGCGCGGAGGAGGCUCUCACAUAAAGUCCCGGAGAUGAGAUGGUUUUCUUAUAGUCUCGCUUCAUAAAUGUCACAUUUAGGGGAGGAGGAGGGAAUGGGGGGCCCAGUUGACUGCAACACCACCAGGCAGGCUAUAUAGCCAGGUCCACGUCCUUUAUUAAUUUGAACGUGGUGACGGUUGGAGAAAUUGCUUGAGCUGCGAUGAGAAUUCCAAACGCGUGAAAGCCAGUGGUCCAAUAUUCUAGAACACUGCUGUGCGUACCCGUGCACGUUUUGGACUCUGAUAGAUGUUUUUAUGUGAGCAGUGCUUAUAGAGGCCUUCUCAGAGGAUGAGACCUGCAUUCACCAUGGCCAGAUCUGCAGUGAACAGAACACCAGCUUUUCUAACUGACACCACAGUCUUGGAGAGGCCAGGGGUCAGCAACAGGCAGCCCGAGGGACCAAAAAGGCCCGCAAGUGUUUUUUUGUUGUUGUAUUUCUUACAGAUUAAAAGAGACGUGAUCGUGUUUCUGUAAUCAAGGUAUGAAAUUAUUGUUAUUUUCAAAUACAAUCUCUUUUUGUGUUUACUUGUGUUCAAUUUGCAGUGUCAAAAUGAUUUUGUUCCGGUCCCCCGACCAUCCGCUCGCAGGCUGACUAGUUGCCUACCCCUGAUGUAGGCUAUUGUAGUCCAUUUUGACUUCAGGUUUAGAGUUAAUUAUGUAACCACUCCAUUCGGCAACUUUAUAUUAUCAUGACAAUUUCACCAGAGCACUUCAGAAUAAGCAAUUAUUCUCCACUCAAUCAAAGCUUUUUAACACAUUGCCCCACACACCUUCUGAUCCUCUGAGUUUUCCCCCUCUUUCUUCCUUCAGCUGCACCUCCCACUCCAAUUCGCAUACCGUCUCAACAGAUCCACAGAUGGCGCAAUCUCUAUUGCACUCCACACUGCCCUUUCCCACCUCGACAAAAGGAAUACCUAUGUGAGGAUGCUGUUCAUUGACUACAGCUCAGCGUUCAACACCAUAGUGCCUUCCAAGCUCAUCACCAAGCUAAGGACCCUGAGACUAAAAACCUCCCUCUGCAAUUGGAUACUGGACUUUCUGACGGGCUGGUGAGGGUAGGCAACACAUCCGCCAUGUUGACCCUCAACACGUGGGCCCCUCAGGGGUGCGUGCUUAGCCCCCUCCUGUACUCCCUGUUCACCCACGACUGCGUGGCCGCACACGACUCCAACACCAUCAUUAAGUUUGCUGACGACACGAUGGUGGUAGGCCUGAUUAUCGAUGAUGGCCCCUGAGGGGCCCACGUGUUGAGGGUCAACAUGGCGGAUGUGCUGCCUCCCGAGUGGCGCAGUGGUCUAAGGCACUGCAUCGCAGUGCUAGCUGUGCCACUAGAGAUCCUGGUUCGAUUCCAGGCUCUGUCGUAGCCGGCCGCGACCGGGAGACCCAUGGGGCGGCGCACAAUUGGCCCAGCGUCGUCCAGGGUAGGGUAGGGGAGGGAAUGGCCGGCAGGGAUGUAGCUCAGUUGGUAGAGCAUGGUGUUUGCAACGCCAGGGUUGUGGGUUCGAUUCCCACGGAGGGUAUAAAAAAAAUAUAUAAAAAAAUAUAACAAAUAAUGUAUGCACUCACUAACUGUAAGUCGCUCUGGAUAAGAGCGUCUGCUAAAUGACUAAAAUGUAAAUGUAAUGAUGAGACAGCCUACAGGGAGGAGGUCAGUGUGCUGCCAGGACAACAAUCUCUCCCUCAACGUCAGCAAGACAAAGGAGCUGAUCGUGGACUACAAGAAACGGAGGGCCGAGCACGGCCCCAUUCACAUCGACGGGGCUAUAGUGGGACGGUUGAGAGCUUCAAGUUCCUCGGUGUCCACAUCACUAAGGACUUAUCAUGGUCCAAACACACCAACAUAGUCGUGAAGAGGGCACGACAACGCCUCUUCCCCCUCAGGAGGCUGAAAAUAUUUGGCAUGGGCCCUCAGAUCCUCAAAAACCUCUACAGCUGCACCAUCGAGAGCAUGUCGACUGACUGCGUCAACGCUUGGUAUGGCAACUACUCCGCCUCCGACCGCAGAGCGCUACAGAGGGUAGUGCGUACCGCCCAGUACAUCACUGGGGCUGAGCUCCCUGCCAUCCAGGACCUCUAUACCAGGCAGAGGAGGUAAGGCACUAAAAAGGGUCAAAGACUCCUACCACCCAAGUCACAGUCUGUUCUCUCUGCUACUGCAUGGCAAGCGGUACCGGAGCGCCAUGUCUUCUACCCCAAAGCCAUAAAACUGCUGAACGGUUAAUUAAACGGCUACCCAGACUUUCUGCUUUUCACCUACUACCUACGUGUACAUAGUACUUCAAUAAAUCACCUAACCAAACCUACAUGUACAAUAAAUGCAUUGUUGGUUAAGGGCUGUAAGUAAGCAUGUACACCUGUUGUAUUCGGCGCAUGUGGCAAAUAAAAUUUGAUUUGAUAUUAUCUCAAUCAAUCACCCUAACUACCUCGUACCCCAGUACACUGACUCUGUACUGGUACUCCUUGUAUAUAGCCUGUAAAUAGCCUCGUUAUUGUUGUUUUAUUGUGUUACUACACUAAAAAUAUAAAAGUAUGUGGACACUCCUUCAUAUUAGUGGAUUCAGCUAUUUCAGCCACACCGGUUGCUGACAGAUGUAUAAAAUCGAGCACACAGCCAUGCAAUCUUCAUAGACAAACAUUGGCAGUAGAAUGGCCUUACUGAAGAGCUCAGUGACUUUCAACGUGGCACCGUCAUAGGAUGCCACCUUUCCAACAAGUCAGUUCGUCAAAUGUCUGCCCUGCUAGAGCUGCCCCAGUCAACUGUAAGUGCUAUUAUUGUGAAGUAGAAACGUCUAGGAGCAACAACGGCUCAGCCGCGAAGUGGUAGACCACACAAGCUCACAGAACGGGGCCACCGAGAGCUGAAGUGCGUAGCGUGUAAAAAAAAAUCACUACCACUACCAAGUUCCAAACUGCCUCGAAGCAACGUCAGCACAAGAACUGUUCGUCGGGAGCUUCAUGAAAUCGGUUUCUAUGGCCGAGUUGCCGCACACAAGCCUAAGAGUGAUGAAUCACACUUCAACAUCUGGCAGUAUGCCGGACAAAUCUGGGUUUGACGGAUGCCAGGAGAACACUACCUGCCCCAAUGCAUAGUGCCAACUGUAAAGUUUGGUGGAGGAGGAAUAAUGGUCUGGGGCUGUUUUUCAUGGUUCGGACUAGGCCCCUUAGUUCCAGUGAAGAUAAAUCUUAACGCUACAGCAUACAAUGAUAUUCUAGACGAUUCUGUGCUUCCAACUUUGUGGCAACCGUUUGGGGAAGGCCUUUCCUGUUUCAGCAUGAUAAUGCCCCCGUGCACAAAGUGAGGUCCAUACAGAAAUGAUUUGAGGAGAUUGGUGUGGAAGAACUUGACUGGCCUGCACAGGGCCCUGACCUCAACCCCAUCGAACACCUUUGGGAUGAAUUGGAACGCAGACUGCGAGCCAGGCCUAAUCGCCCAACAUCAGUGCCUGACCUCAGUAAUGCGCUUGUGGCUGAAUGGAAGCAAGUCCCUGCAGCAAUGUUGAAACAUCUAGUGGAAAGCCUUCCCAGAAGAGUGGAGGCUGUUAUAGCAGGAAAGGGGGGACUAACUUCAUAUUAAUGCCCAUGAUUUUGGAAUGAGAUGUUCACGUAGUGUAUUUUCUUUUUAUCUAUUUGUUAAUGUUCUACUUUUGAACUGUAUUGUUUGAAGAGGGGCUCGUAAGUAAGCAUUUCACAGUAAAGUCUACUCUUGUUUUAUUCGGCGCAUGUGACAAAUACAAUUUUAUUUGAUUUUGAUUUGAGACACUUCCCACAUCACUCUCACAGGCUGCUGUGGCUCUGCUCUCAGAUGAAUUACACUGGCCUCCAGGGCAGGCAGCCAGCUCGGGACUGUGUCCCAAAUGACACCCUAUUCUCUAUAUAGUGCACUACUUCUGAUCAGAGCCCUAUGGUGCAAUAUAAAGGGAGUAGGGUGCCAUUUAGGACAGAGGCUCUAUACCCAGAGCAUUGUCAUGUCAAUCGCAGGCUGUAAAACAAUUGGGUGGUCCGCUUGUGUUGGCAUCUGACCAUUUAGUACAGCACUCACUGCAGUCCAGACUGGACACUGUUACCAUGGCAGCCAGGCUUCUGGGGCAGGGCAUGCGGAUGGAGGCUGGCAGGGGACAAUACACAGGUGCCAUGACAUCCCAGGGACUUUUGUCACCUAUCCUAUUUUUUUCCUCAUAGCAGAUGUUCUGUUUGUUCAGUCACAUACUGCUUUCAACUGAGUAAUUAAGGGGCCGAAUAAAAAGCAAAAUUAAAGGCUGUAGUUAUUUUAACUCUCAUCUAAUUAAAAAAGCAUUUUGAGAUGAAAACAUUGGUUUUGCUCAUGAGGAGGCAUGGUGUCUGCUACAGGGUACUUUAUAGUAUGUUGUGCCAUGAACAUUGACAUGAAGAUUACGUUACAUACAGUUACACAAAGUUAUACCUGUGUAGUAAGUAACACAGUUACAACUCUAGUAGAAUUACUAAAGGGAAAUUGGGACUAAUCCUUAAUCCACCUGGGUAAUAAUAAAAAUCCCUUUAACUCCAAAGUAAUUGUUAGAGUAUGUCAUAGAACAUGCCAUUACAAUGUUUCUAUUACAACUACUGUGUUUUUACACAGGUAUAGAGCAAUGUCAUGUAGAACAUCCCCAGCUCCGCUAGCUUUUUCUUUUGAAUGUGAUUUGAUUUACCCCACACGUCUCUCUCUCUCUCUUUUUCAUUCAGACAUCCAAGGAUGCACAUCAAAACUGGCCUUGUGGACGCCCACCUGUACUGCCUGAAGAAGUCUGUGGUCGACUUCCUCGCUGUUAACAAGUGAGGCCUUUUCGCAUGUUUUGACUUUGGUUGCGUCCUAAAUUGGACGUAGCCUUUGUGUAUGAACUUUUGCAUGUCAUUUUUUCACAAAUGUGCUUGUGUUUUAUGUUAAAUGUACACUGAGUGUACAAAACAUUAGACAUAGACUGACCAGGUGAAUCCAGGUGAAAGCUAUGAUCCCUUAUUGAUUUCACUUCAGUCAGUGUAUGGGGAGGAGAUGGGUUAAAUAAUGAUUUUUAAGCCUUAAGACAAUUGAGACAUGGAUUGUGUAUGUGUGCCAUUCAGAGGGUGAAUGAGCAAGACAAAAUAUUUAAGUGCCUUUGAACGGGGUAUGGUUGUAGGUGCCAGAUCCACUGAUUUGAGUCAAGAACUGCAACGCUGCUAGGUUUUUCACGCUCAACACUUUCCGGUGUGUAUCAAGAAUGGUCCACCACCCAAAGGACAUCCAGCCAAUUUGACACAACUGUGGGAAGCAUUGGUGUCAACAUGGGCCAGCAUCCCUGUGCUUUUGACACCUUGUAGAGUCCAUUCCCCGACGAAUUGAGGUUGUUCUGAGGCCAAAAGGUGGUGCAAAUCAAUAUUAGGAAGGUGUUCCUAAUGUUUUGUACACUCAGUGUAUAUCGAAUUAGUUUUUAAAAGGUACCAAUAACCGUCCAUAUACAUUUGAAUUUAAUGUAUUUCUAGAUACAGGUGAAAUAGCGAACAGCACCUUUCUUGCCAAGUUGCAUGCGUGUAGAAUUUUUGUUAAUAUAAGAACAGGCUGUGACUGGAAAGGCUUUGAGGCUGGGAGGUAUUCUUGUUAGGUGUUAAUUUGUUUUACAAUGUGCCACUUGAGUAGUUUAUUAGGCUUUUACCCCCCUUGUGCGUUAGUGUCAGAAGUACACCUCAAUCACAACUGUGUUGAUCAUGUCACUUCUUCAUACUUCUGGUACUACUUCUUUUCAAGUGCAAUCAAUUUGGACCAAUCAGAAAUUCUGUUGUGUAUUGCCCAUUUAACAUUUUCUGGUUACCAUAUACAGUGGGGAGAACAAGUGUUUGAUACACUGCCGAUUUUGCAGGUUUUCCUACUUACAAAGCAUGUAGAGGUCUGUAAUUUUUAUCAUAGAUACACUUCAACUGUGAGAUACAGAAUCUAAAUCAAAAAUCCAGAAAAUCACAUUGUAUGAUUUUUAAGUAAUUAAUUUGCAUUUAAUUGCAUGACAUAAGUAUUUGAUCACCUACCAACCAGUAAGAAUUCCGGCUCUCACAGACCUGUUAGUUUUUCUUUAAGAAGCCCUCCUGUUCUCCACUCAUUACCUGUAUUAACUGCACCUGUUUGAACGUUACCUGUAUAAAAGACACCUGUCCACACACUCAAUCAAACAGACUCCAACCUCUCCACAAUGGCCAAGACCAGAGAGCUGUGUAAGGACAUAAGGGAUAAAAUUGUAGACCUGCACAAGGCUGGGAUGGGCUACAGGACAAUAGGUAAGCAGCUUGGUGAGAACUGUUGGCGCAAUUAUUAGAAAAUGGAAGAAGUUCAAGAUGACGGUCAAUCACCCUCGGUCUGAGGCUCCAUGCAAGAUCUCACCUCGUGGGGCAUCAAUGAUCAUGAGGAAGGUGAGGGAUCAGCCCAGAACUACACGGCAGGACCUGGUCAAUGACCUGAAGAGAGCUGGGACCACAGUCUUAAAGAAAACCAUUAUUAACACACUACGCCGUCAUGGAUUAAAAUCCUGCAGCGCACGCAAGGUCCCCCUGCUCAAGCCAGCGCAUGUCCAGGCCCAUCUGAAGUUUGCCAAUGACCAUUUGGAUGAUCCAGAGGAGGAAUGGGAGAAGGUCAUGUGGUCUAAUGAGACAAAAAUAUAGCUUUUUGGUCUAAACUCGCCAUGUUUGGAGGAAGAAGAAGGAUGAGUACAACCCCAAGAACACCAUCCCAACCGUGAAGCAUGGAGGUGGAAACAUCAUUCUUUGGGGAUGCUUUUCUGCAAAGGGGACAGGACGACUGCACCGUAUUGAGGGGAGGAUGGAUGGGGCCAUGUAUCGCGAGAUCUUGGCCAACAACCUCCUUCCCUCAGUAAGUGCAUUGAAGAUGGGUCGUGGCUGGGUCUUCCAGCAUGACAACGACCCGAAACACACAGCCAGGGCAACUAAGGAGUGGCUCCGUAAGUAGCAUCUCAAGGUCCUGGAGUGGCCUAGCCAGUCUCCAGAUCUGAACCCAAUAGAAAAUCUAUGGAGGGAGCUGAAAGUCCGUAUAGCCCAGCGACAGCCCCGAAACCUGAAGGAUCUGGAGAAGGUCUGUAUGGUGGAGUGGGCCAAAAUCCCUGCUGCAGUGUGUGCAAACCUGGUCAAGACCUACAGGAAAUGUAUGAUCUCUGUAAUUGCAAACAAAAGGUUUCUGUACCAAAUAUUAAGUUCAGCUUUUCUGAUGUAUCAAAUACUUAUGUCCUCUACAUGCUUUGUAAGUAGGAAAACCUGCAAAAUCGUCAGUGUAUCAAAUACUUGUUCUCCCCAUAUACAGUGCAUUCGGAAAGAAUUCAGACCCGUUGACUUUUUCCACAUUUUGUUACAGUACAGCCUUAUUCUAAAAUUGAUUAAAUAAAAAAAAUGUCCUCAUCAAUCUUCAAACAAUACCCCAUAAUGACAAAGCAAACACAGGUUUUUAGACAUUUUUGCAAAUGAAAAAAAUAAAAAUAAAUAUUUACAUAAGUAUUCAAACCCUUUGCUAUGAGACUCGAAAUUGAGCUCAGAUGCAUCCUGUUUCCAUUGAUCAUCCUUGAUGUUUCUACAACUUGAUUGGAAUCCACCUGUGGUAAAUUCAAUUGAUUGGACAUGAUUUGGAAAGGCACACACCUGUCUAUAUAAGGUCCCACAGUUCACAGUGCAUAUCAGAGCAAAAACCAAGCCAUGAGGUCGAAGGAAUUGUCCGUAGAGCUCCGAGACAGGAUUGUGUCGAGGCACAGAUCUGGGGAAGGGUACCAAAAUAUUUCUGCAGCAUUGAAGGUCCCCAAGAACACAGUAGCCUCCAUCGUUCUUAAAUGGAAGAAGUUUGGAACCACCAAGACUCGUCUUAGAGCUGGCCGCCCGGCCAAACUGAGCAAUCGGGGGAGAAGGGCCUUGGUGAGGGAGGUGACCAAGAACCCGAUGGUCACUCUGACAGAGCUCCAGAGUUCCUCUGUGGAGAUGGGAGAACCUUCUCCAUCUCUGCAGCACUCCACCAAUCAGGCCUUUAUGGUAGAGUGGCCAGACGGAAGCCACUCCUCAGUAAAAGGCACAUGACAGCCCGCUUGGAGUUUGCCAAAAGGCACCUAAAGGACUCUCAGACCAUGAUAAAAAAGAUUCUCUGGUCUGAUGAAACCAAGAUUGAACUCUUUGGCCUGAAUGCCAAGCAUCUCGUCUGGAGGAAACCUGGCACCAUCCCUACGGUGAAGCAUGGUGGUGGCAGCAUCAUGCUGUAGGGAUGUUUUUCAGCGGCAGGGACUGGGAGACUAGUCAGGAUCGAGGGAAAGAUGAACGGAGCAAAGUACAGAGAGAUCCUUGAUGAAAACCUACUCCAGACCUCAGACUGGGGCGAAGGUUUACCGUCCAACAGGACAACAACCCUAAGCACACAGCCAAGACAACGCAAGCGUGGCUUCGGGGAAAAGUCUCAAUGUCCUUGAGUGGCCCAGCCAGAGCCCGGACUUGAACCCGAUCUAACAUCUCUGGAGAGACCUGAAAAUAGCUGUGCAGUGACGUUCCCCCAUCCAACCUGACACAGCUUGAGAGGAUCUACAUUUACAUUUACAUUUACGUCAUUUAGCAGAUGCUCUUAUCCAGAGCGACUUACAAAUGGGUGCAUUCAACUUAGGAUAGCCAGUGGGACAACCACUUUUUUUUUUUAUGGGGGGGGUGGUCGAAGGAUUACUUUUGUACUAUUCCAGGUAAUCCUUAAAGAGGUAGGGUUUCAAGUGUCUCCGGAAGGUGGUCAGUGACUCCGCUGUCCUGGCGUCGUGGGGGAGCUUGUUCCACCAUUGGGGUGCCAGAGCAGCGAAUAGCUUUGACUGGGCUGAGCAGGAACUGUGCUUCCGUAAAGGUAGGGGGGCUAGCAGGCCAGAGGUGGAUGAACGUUGUGCCCUCGUUUGGGUGUAGGGUCUGAUCAGAGCCUGAAGGUAAGGAGGUGCCAUUCCCCUCACAGCUCCGUAGGCAAGCACCAUGGUCUUGUAGUAGAUGCGAGCCUCAACUGGAAGCCAGUGGAGUGUGCGGAGGAGCGGGGUGACAUGAGAGAACUUGGGAAGGUUGAACACAAGACAGGCUGCAGCGUUCUGGUUAAGUUGUAGGGGUUUAAUGGCACAGGCAGGGAGCCCAGCCAACAGCGAGUUGCAGUAAUCCAGACGGGAGAUGACAAGUGCCUGGAUUAGGACCUGUGCCGCUUUCUGUGUAAGAUAGUUGCUGCCAAAGGUGCUUCAACAAAGUACUGAGUAAAGGGUCUUAAUACUUAUGUAAAUGUGAUAUUUCAUUUUUUAUAUUGUGUUUUUUGCAACAAUUUCUAAAAACCUGUUUUUGCUUUGUCGUUAUGGGGUAUUGUGUGUAGAUUGAUGAGGGGGGGAAACUAUUUAAUCCAUUUUAGAAUAAGGCUGUAACGUAACAAAAUGUGGAGAAAGUCAAGGGGUCUGAAUACUUUCCGAAUGCACUGUAUAAUAGGGCCACCACCAUAGAUUUACUUAAAGCUUAUAACAUAUAGAAGUAAUUUAUAGGAUGUUUUUGGCCACCACCACCAGAUCAAAUGAUCCACAAUUUAAAAGAUAUACACCUGAUCAUUAAAAUCAAGGCCAAUUGAAUACAUUGUUAGAUGCCACACUUAGUUGAAAUGCAUCCCACUUUGAUAAAUGUACAUCCUAUUGAUGUAGCCUAUAUUUCUAAUGGUGUUACAUUAAUCUACUCACAUUCUCCAGCCCAUACAUCCUAGGCAGGGGAUACUUCAUAACUAGGAGGGGGACAGAACAGGGCUUGAAUAAGAAACCGGUCCAGUAAUUGCUAGCCCCCACCGUCCUGUCCUUACCCCCCCCCCCCCUCCCCUCCCGCCACCACCAGCAGCAAGACCAAAAGCAGAAGCACCACCUCCUCCACCCACCCCUAGUCCUCCACCCACCCCUAGUCCCCCAGUCCCUUUAUGCUUGUUAAACUGGUAUUGUGAGGAGACCCAACAGCUCCUUUAAGUGGUGUUGAAAAUAAGCGCAGGUGGCAUUAACUGGGGAGUACAUUGACUCACUAGCACGAUCCCUUUCCCUUCAAAUAUAAAUGUUAACCGGGGGUUUACAUAAAUAUGCUGCAAUGCAGCCGCUUGUUCCUGCUGCUUCCCAUUGCUUUGACAUUUUUAUUCACCAAUCCUCCUGAUAUAAAUAUCAUUUAAUUUACUCUGCCGUCCAAGACUCAGGAGACCAAAAGCGCACACCCUUUCUCUUUCCUCUUUCUCUCACCACUCAUCAAAGUAGGUUUACUUUGUUAAAUCAGCAACCCUAUUAAGAAAGUACAUUGUCUGUUCUAGCUUGUCUCGUAAGUAGGUUACGUUAAAUAGCAGAGGAGGGAGUAUAAAAUGAGAGAUGAGGGAAUGAGAAAGAGAGAGGGAGAAGAGAGAGGAGAACGAGAAAGAGAGGAGAAAGAGAAAGACGAGAGGGAGAAAGAGACAAAGCGAGAGCGACGAAUAAGAAGACCAGAGGAGACUAGAGAUACGAAAAGAGGAGGCAAAUAGCUGUCGAUAGUAUACUAAUACAAGCAGUCUGAUUACACUCUCAUCUGUAUCCUUCACCCUCUACUUUGUCACCUCUCUGUAUCUCCACUCACCCCAUCUCUUUCUCCCUACUCCCCAUCUCUUUUCACUCCCCCUCUCUUUCUCCCUCUCCCUCUCUCUUUCUCCCUCUCCCCCGUCUCUUUCUCCCUCUCUCUUUCUCCCUCUCUCUCUUUUGAAGCUGCUCAGCUGUGGAGCGCUCACAGAGAAAAAUGGAUAGAGUAACUGUUUCUUUCUCUGCAUUCAGAUGGAAAUUAUAAUCUCCCUUCAAAGAACCUAAAAGAGAGUGAGGAGGAGAGAUGGAGAGGGACAUGGAGUGCAGUGCAGGAGUGAGGAGGAGAGAUGGAGAGGGACAUGGAGUGCAGUGCAGGAGUGAGGAGGAGAGAUGGAGAGGGACAUGGAGUGCAGUGCAGGAGUGAGGAGGAGAGAUGGAGAGGGACAUGCAGUGCAGUGCAGGAGUGAGGAGGAGAGAUGGAGAGGGACAUGCAGUGCAGUGCAGGAGUGAGGAGGAGAGAUGGAGAGGGACAUGGAGUGCAGGAGUGAGGAGGAGAGAUGGAGAGGGACAUGGAGUGCAGUGCAGGAGUGAGGAGGAGAGAGGGACAUGGAGUGCAGUGCAGGAGUGAGGAGGAGAGAUGGAGAGGGACAUGGAGUGCAGUGCAGGAGUGAGGAGGAGGAGAGGGACAGAGUGCAGUGCAGGAGUGAGAGGAGGAGAGAUGGAGAGGGACAUACAGUGCGGCAGGGAGGAGGAGGAUGGAGAGGGACAUGCAGUGCAGUGCAGGAGUGAGGAGGAGAGAUGGAGAGGGACAUGGAGUACAGUGCAGGAGUGAGGAGGAGCGAUGGAGAGGGACAUGGAGCAGUGCAGGAGGGAGUGGAGGGAGGAGUAGGAGGAGAGGGGGAGAUGGAAGGAGUAGGCAGUGCAGGAAGUGAGGGAGAGGAGGAGAGGAGAGGGAAUGAGAGGUGCAGGAGUGAGGAGGAGGGAGAGGGAGAGGGAAUGGAGUGCGAAGGAGGAAGGAGGGAGGAGGGAGGAGAAGGGAAGAGAGAGAGGGGAGGAGAGAGGAGAGGAAGAGAGGGGAAGGGAGGAGAGAGAGGAGAAAGAGAGGGGAGAGGGAGAGAAAGAGAGGGGAGAGGGAGAGAGGGAGGGGAGAGGGAAAAGAGAGAGCGAGGGGAGAAAGAGAGGGGAGAGGGGAGAAAGAGAAGGGGAGAGAAGGGAGGGAGAGGAGAAAGGAAAGAGGGGGGGGGGAGGGAGGGGAGGGAAAAGAGGGGGAGAGGAGAAGAGAGAGGGAGGAGAACGAGAGAGAGGGGGAGAAGAGGGGGAGGAGAGAGGAGAAAGGGGAGAAAGAGAGAGAGGGAGAAAGAGGGAGAGGGAGAAAGAGGGAGAGAGGGAGAAAGAGAGGAGAGGGGGAGAGGGAGAAAGAGAGCGAGAAAGAGAGAGAGAGAGAGAAAAAGAGAGAGAAAAGGUAGAACGUGAAAGAAAAGGGGGCUGAAUUUUAAAAAAGUAAACCUACUUUGAUGAGAAAGAGAAAGAGAAAAGGGGGUAGCGCUUUUGGGGUCUCCUGAGUCUGGACGGCAGAGUAAAUUAAAUGAUAUUUAUAUCAGGAGGACUGGUGAAUAAAAAUGUCAAAGCAAUGGGAAGCAGCAGGAACAAGCGGCUGCAUUGCAGUAUAUUUAUGUAAACCCCCGGUUAACAUUUAUAUUUGAAGGGAAAGGGAUCGUGCUAGUGAGUCAAAUGUUACACACUUCAUGAGGGUAAAAUGUACCUUUUUACUUUCAGUGAAUGUACUAUUUCAGCAAUUGAGUAACUAUUGUAUUUUGUUUUGUUUUUCUCUCAAAGAUCAAUCUCUUCGAUUCGGGGAGAGUUAGUCCCGUAUCUGGUCCACAAACAGUUCUCUAAAUCCACCAACUCUCCGAAGGUCAACGAUGAAACUCAUCAGAACCUAAAUAAAAACGAUGGCAAUGUAAACUUAGGUAAUGAACAUUCCAAAUAGAGUAUGCUUGAACAUUUUAGGAGACUUUCCAUAGCUAGGUUGUAACUCAUUCAUGUUCAUGCACACACACACACACACACAUACAUACACACACACCCAUUCACCUGUGUGUAUCUGCUGUUUGUGUGUGUGUGUGUGUGUGUGUGUGUGUAGAGAUCCAGAUCUCAUCCAGGGAUGAGGAGCUGCUGCGUCUAACCCAGGAGAGGUCCUGUUGGAAUGACCACCGUGGGGACAUGAGCGAGGCCUACCACGGAGGACGCCUACGAUGCUACGUGCACAUCAUGGACGAGGGAAUAUGUUACCGCGUCAACACGAUAGCGGCCUACAUCGAAGCCAAUCGCCUGGUGAGUGAGAGAAGUAACACUGUGUAGAAAAUGUGAUCCCCUUUUGUUAUUUUACUCACGGAAAACUUAAAUUAGUUUAAUAGCAGGCUCUGUCAGCAACAAUAACGCCAGGGUAGUGGGUUCGAUUCCCACGGGGGACCAGUAUGAAAAAAAGUAUGAAAAUGUACGCACUCACUACUGUUAGUCACUCUGGAUAAGAGUGUCUGCUAAAUUACAAUUUAAAAAAAUUAUACAAAACAUUUUAAUAAAUGUCAAUGAUAAGGAUGCUCACUGAACAUUACUGACAUUAUUGCUUUAUCCUCACCCAUCUUCUCUCCUGUUUUCCAGGCCCCUAAGCUGUUUGAUGAGCCAGCAGUCCAUCCAUCAGCAGUGAUCUCUGAGCGCUGUCUGGUGAGUAGCUACUAUGACCAAUAAGGAAUGCACUAAGAGUAGAUAGAUGGGUGGUUUUCUUAGACGUCUGAUACAAUGUGUAUUUUCUGACUGAGUCUGAGAGUGAGUCAUUAGCAGGAAUGAGAGUUGUCUGGUGAGUGAGGGUGUCAUUAGAGUGAGUGUGCUUUGGUGAGUCACAUGGUAUUGUUGUUAGUUGUCUAUGAGGUAAGAUGCUAUAGGUGUCAUAGAGGACUUAUGAGUACAGCUCAAUUCAGGUUGGGAGCCGCGAUAGUCCGGCUGCCCAUUGUGACAUAUCCAGCUGGGGACGCACAGCCCGACCUUCGCACCUCCCCAAAAUGUCCAACCAACGCGGCUCCGCGUACACGGCUCUUAUUCAUUUGUGGCAAUUGUUGGAGAAAUUGCUUGAGCCACUCUGAGAAUUCGAAAACUAUGAAAGCCAACAGUCCAAUAUUCUAGAACACUGUUGUGCGGACGUGUACAUGUCUGACUGUAGCCAACCAUAACAUAUACAGUACCAGUCAAAUGUUUGGACACAUCUACUCAUUCCAGGGUCUUUCUUUAUUUUUACUAUUUUCUACAUUGUAGAAUAAUAGUGAAGACAUCAAAACUAUGAAAUAACACAUAUGGAAUCAUGUAGUAACCAAAAAAGUGUUAAUAUAUUUAAUAUUUGAGAUUCUUCAAAGUAGCCACCCUUUGCCUUGAUGACAGCUUUGCACACUCUUGGCAUUCUCUCAACCAGUUUCACCUGGAAUGCUUUUCCAACAGUCUUGAAGGAGUUCCCACAUAUGCUGAGCACUUGUUGGCUGCUUUUCCUUCACUCUGCAGUCCGACUCAUCCCAAACCAUCUCAAUUGGAUUGAGGUCAGGUGACUGCAAACUGGCUCAAAUUAAGGUUGCCUCUCCAUUACCUUCAUGUUUAAACUGCUCUCCCAACUGUCGUACACAUUUCAGUUCUAAAAUAUCAUCCUAUAGUUUUUCUGUUGCUUUCUUCUCAUUAACAGACAUAUAAAGAGUUACAUUUCUACACUGGAAUUUGACUCACUAAUGAAGUGUAGGAAGGGAUCAGAGUGAAGUGUAAAUUCUGGUGUGGUCUUUUCUGCUUUUUUUACUGACAAUGUUCUACCAUGUCUGCCUAUUGUCUGUUAGAUUGGUGCAGACAGCAUAAUAGGAGCUUCCUGUCAGAUCUCAGACAAGACAUCCAUAAAGAGAUCGACGAUCGGAGCGUCCACCACCGUCAGGGAGAAGGUCAAAGUAACCAACUCCAUCAUCAUGCAUGGAGUCACCAUCGAGGAGGGGUGAGUAGAGCCUACUGUAUACAGAUUUUGACCAUUUCCACCACUGAGCCCUUAGACCCGAGGACAGUCAUUUUACCAAAUAGUCACAGAUUAUACUUUAUGGUAGAGAGAAAGCAGUGUAAGAAACAGGCAGGGCAGUCAACUCCCUUAACCAAUUAAGCCUAGUAUAGUGUUGAACCACAAAGGGGAACAAGUAGGUUUCAGAGGCCAGUGUAGAGGGAGAGAGAGAGGACAAAGGGGAACAAGUAGGUUUCAGAGGCCAGUGUAGAGAGAGAGGGAGAGGACAAAGGGGAACAAGUAGGUUUCAGAGGCCAGUGUAGAGAGAGAGGGAGAGGACAAAGGGGAACAAGUAGGUUUCAGAGGCCAGUGUAGAGAGAGAGGGAGAGGACAAAGGGGAACAAGUAGGUUUCAGAGGCCAGUGUAGAGGGAGAGAGGACAAAGGGGAACAAGUAGGUUUCAGAGGCCAGUGUAGAGGGAGAGAGAGAGAGGACAAAGGGGAACAAGUAGGUUUCAGAGGCCAGUGUAGAGGGAGAGAGAGAGAGGACAAAGGGGAACAAGUAGGUUUCAGAGGCCAGUGUAGAGAGAGAGAGAGAGAGAGAGAGGACAAAGGGGAACAAGUAGGUUUCAGAGGCCAGUGUAGAGGGAGAGAGGACAAAGGGGAACAAGUAGGUUUCAGAGGGAGGGAGAUGGCUGCAGCGCGAGGGGACUGACUGACUGACUGGCUGACUGACUGAGGCUUGUUUUAUGUGAUAUGUGGGGAAAGUGGAGAACUCCAUGUUGACAAUGUCCAUUGGUGUGCAGUGAACCAGAGCAUGCUUACAAUGCAAUACAUAAACACAUAGGGGACGAAUAUACAUGGUUAAACUUCUGGAUUCUCAGCAACAACGUAUUUCACUUCAUCCAUAUAACUCACAAGUUGUUACACAGUGAGUUGCUCCUGUAAGUCGCUCUGGAUAAGAGCGUCUGCUAAAUGACUAAAAUGUAAAUGUAAAUGUAAAUGAGUUGAUAGACUUGUGAACAUAUUUGCACCAAAACCAAAAAAUACCUUGAAAGUUUCAUAUUCAACUAUUUAUUGUGGGUGGAUUGCUGACUAUGGAAAGUAAAUCUACUAUGAAUCUUUUUCUUUUUUCAGUCUAGCAUUGGGAGACAUUUUUAAUUAAAGUAUUUUCACUCGUGCUGGUCGGUUGAAAGGAUGUCCUGGCUGGUGAUUUUAAAACUGCAAGCAUGACAUGAAUCGCAGGAGAGAGACCACUGAGAAGUAGAAAAGGGGUGUUAUUUUAAAUUCAGACAUCCUCAAAUCCUGGGGAAGAGUUUAUCUGGCAGAGUUAGGCUUUAGCACAGUCCCUCUUAAAGACAGGGAGGCCAGAGCCAGUGGGGGUACCCUCAUGUCCAAGUUAGUGCACGCAUAAAGGGAAGGAAAGAAAGAAAAGGAGGAAAAUAAAGAAAUAGCAAUUCUUUCAAAACAUAAAAAAAAUGUAAGAGGGGAUUAGUAAAUCCCUGGCAUGUUAAGGAAGGCACUUGCAUUUUUGGGCCCUUUGUUUGCAUGUAGGAGUGCUUGUUUACAAAGCCGAGGAUAUUUGGGGGGGGGUCGAGGGAGGCAGGCGGAAGAGGUGGGUGGUUGGGGGGGUGGAGUGGGGGAGGGCUCACAGCAAGGAGGAGUGUAGUGUCAGUAAUUAGUGGUGUUUCAGUUGGGCUUCUUUGGUGGUCUCUCUGUUUAAAACUCCAAUCCUUGUAAUCUCCCGUUGCCAUCCACCCCCCAGCCGGUCCCCCCCCCCCCCCCUGCCUCCCUCCUCACCACACCCCUCUCCCUUCAACCCUACCACCACCACCUGAAUAGAAUGCCCUCUGUGCAACAGCAGCCAAUACAAACCUGCCUGUGUUAGUGGCCGCAGGGCCUAGCACGUCAGAGGCUCUGGGAGGGAGAAACAUGCAUGUUGCUCCUCAACCCGCCCCACAGAGCUCAAUCUGUUUCUCUCCUCCAGGACGUUAUGGUCUCAGCCUCAGCCCUGGCUGCCAACCCAACCCAGGGGGAGCAGAGCAGCAUCCAUCCCCAGGCAGGGUUGUUGGUUCCCCCAGCUCUCCUGACUAACCCUAACCCAACAUACUACCACCACCUCAGAGACUUUCCAACUGCUGGUAGUGUUUUAGCAUGCCUCUGCCUGCCACCCAGGGUCUGGAGUUUCACUAUGGCAGUUACAUAUGGGAAGAUGAGAUUAAAUCCUGAAUUGAGGUUCAUUUGAUUCAUUCAGGAUUUCCUCUCUUUUAUUGAUCAAACUUAAACUGCACAAUCAAGGGAAUGAAGAAACAAUUAGGAUGUUUGAUAAAGAGUAAAUAGAGAAUUUCUACACCACUCAAAUGAAUGACUAUACUGCCUACCUGGACCCCAAACAAUCCAUUGUUUAGACUGAGCUCAGUGCUAGUAAUGAUUACAACAUGGGGGUUUUUAUUUCGACAUGGGGGUGUGCUUGGUCUCAGCUUUGAUGAACACCUGUCUGUAAUGUUUCGUCAACCCAUGCCCUCAACAAAACAAACCUGACGGUAUCGAAUGCCAUUGUUGUAUUCGAAAUGUUGACAGUGUAUAAUUCGCACACACGAGGUAGAGGCUGGUGUUGUUCUUUAAUAUGAAUGCUCAGUCUUUCCUCUGGGGGGGAUUGGGGGCCGGGAUGUCCAGGUUUUUCUGGAUCAAAUAGGGUUUUAGGUGGUGGCUGUCUCGGGCAGUGUGGUAAUGGGCGUGGUCGUUUGUGCGGCUUAAAUCUUUCCGGAAUUGGUGGUGGAGAGAAAGAAAUGCUGUUUUCAGCUAAUUUCCUGCAAUUCUAUAAAUUUUUCCAUGGAGCUGAGAGGAAAUUGUGCAGUGCGAAAUCUAAUUUCCUGCAAUUCUAUGCAUUUUGCCAUGGCUUAUUCUAUGUUCUUAUGCUCAACCAUUCUAACAAAACAAAUGGGGACCCCAAUCAGGGCCCCUGGGCAUGUGCCCUGCAUGCCCGUCAGUAAUCCAGCCAUGACAAAUAUACUCCUAAAUUCAUCAUUUUUAGAAUGUUCUAUUUUCCCAGACUGUCUAGCUUUUGUUUGGUGAUUUUUACUUCUCAAAGAUUAUAAUAAAAAAAUAUAUAGGUCUAUUAUCUUUUCUGCAUACUUUGUCUGGUUUUUGUAAUUUAAGUUUAGACUGAAAGCAUUUUUCCAUAAAAAAAUAAAACAAUUGGUGUGGCGGCAACAAUGAAUGAAUACAGGGGAAACGCUGACGCUAAUCUAGUCUCUUUAGGAAAAUCAAACAAUACAGCUGAAAACUCUGAGGGAUCAUGUUUCCUUUAAGGGGGGGUCAGAGGCAGGAAAGGACAAGGACCUCCCUCUACUGUGCAAUUAGCUGAAGACAUGAAAGAGAAAUGUUCAUUGUAAAUAUGUUCUUCUUCCACUCAGAAAAAAAGCUGGCCUGGCCCAGGCAUGUCAAGUAAACAUCAAACUGUGCUAAUAAAGUUAUACAGUUUUAUGGUGCCAAAGUGAUCCCAGGAAAAUAUUAUUCUCUCUGUGUGUGUGUGUGUGUGUGUGUGUGUGUGUGUGUGUGUGUGUGUGUGUGUGUGUGUGUGAAAGCCUGUGCAGUUUAAAGCAGCCCCAGACAACAGGUGACAAUGUUACACUGUUCAUCCAGAAAACAACCUCCUUGAAAUUGGAGUAGAUGUUUAAACAUAGUACAUAAAACCAGGAUUUUGACUGCAUUAAGUCAGAGAGCAAGUGUCCACUGGCCAGAAAUCAACUCUGCUGCGAUGUCAUCACAGGUACCCACAAGCUACACAGAGUGAUAGUGUACUAGUUGUCAAGGGGACUGCUGGUUGAUGGUGCUGUGUGUUUGUUCUACAGGUGUAACAUCCAGGGCAGUGUGAUCUGCAGUAAUGCUGUGAUUGGCCGAGGUGCAGACAUCAAAUACUGCCUGGUGGGGAGUGCCCUGCGCAUAGAGCCAGAUGGUGAGCAUACUACUGCCUCACCUCACCUUGCUAUCACACACUCAAGUCCCACUCCCCUCUACUGUAUCUAGCAGCAGUAGUAUACCACGUUGCAAGAUUCUGGUGACCCAAAAUGUCCCAGGUUUUCCAGAAAUCCUGUUUGGACGAUUCCUCGACUCAGGAGAGAAUAAGUUGAAAAUCCGGGAUUUCUGGAAAACAUUGGAAGUUUGGGAAAGGUACCUGAAUUUUGUGUCCCUCAGCAGGAGGAAAUUACACAUGCUACUUGUCAUGUAGUAUUGUAGCCGGGAGGAAUGUUCCAAAAGUUGAGAUAGGGAGUAUUGGGUGUGAACUUGUGUGGGUCAAUAUUUAUGUGUGUGGCGUGUGCCAUGCGUUUUAUUCUCCUUCUUAAAGCGCAUUAAAACCAAACCCUAUUUUUGGAAUAUUCCUAAUCCCCUGGUCCAUAGUCCUUGAUCAAGCUGGGGGGUUGUGUGUGUGUUCCUGUGUGUUUGUAUGUGUGUGUUUUGGGGAUUGUGGGGUAGGGUUGGAGGGGGGUGUCUGGUGGCUGUUGAAUUCCGGGUGGUCCUGGCCUGCUCUCUAACCUCUCCAUCAAUGACACUGUCAGGGGUGCCUCUAAGAUGUCCAGGGCCUGCUCAGCCUAAUUGACUGAACAACAGGGUGUUGCUUCACCACGGCCCCCUGCACCAAAUACUACAACAUUUACCCCCCUCCCAACCAACCCCCAUCCAUCCCUCCCCAUCCAACUUCCCAGCCCGGCAUGGUUAUCGGAGUGCGACUGGACCUGAUUAGCCUGCCGUAACCUGGAAAGCACUGGCUUAUGGAGCGGCUCCCAGAAAUCCCAAAUUACAAGCUAGAUCCUUGUACUUCCCAUACACUCAGCCCCCAGCCCAGCAUAACCCCCACCUAACUCCUAUAAGCUUAAAGCACAGCAAGAGAGCACAAUUCAAAGAUAGCCCUGAAAAAAGGCUAACAGAGUCUGCCACAGAGCAGAGGUUAAUGUAACCUAUCAUUAUAAAAGCAUCACUUAUAAUAACUGCCUUAAAUGUCUUGAAAUAGCCCGGAGGAUGCCAACAACCGCUCUCUUUUAAGUUCUAAAGUCAAAAGCACUUUGACUCAUCAUAUCAAAGUGCCAAGUUGCCCUUCAAUUUAAAUGUUCUUAAUCUUUUUUUUUUUCUUACCUGAUAUGGACAAUUAAGGCCAAAUUAGAUGUUAACCCUGAACCUUGCCUUUGCCGUAAGGUUUUAUAGUGCUUAGAUACAGCCUUCUCUACUAUAGUGACUGCCUGGGAUUGAUAUACUAACACUUCGUUUUGAAGUAAAAGGCAUUUAUUUUCCCUUUCAAUCUGGCUUCACAGGGUGGUCUUAUUCAUGGCUAUCCAUCAGACAUACAGCUUUGACUACUAUCACCCCAAGCUAUUGGCCCACUGUGUAUACAUAAAUAUUACGUGCAUACUGUGAACAGUGGGUUCUCUUUUACAGAAAUGCUAUCCAUAUGAAGCAAAGAGCAGUUGCUCCUCACGGGGCUCAGUUUGCUUUUGAACACCAUCCGUAUCAGGUGGGUCACCUCUGUCGUCAGAGGAUAAAUGAGGCGCAUGGCUGGUAAAAGCAUUACGCCUCCGCUCACGAAGCAGUUAGAUGGAAGUGUCUGUGGAGAGAGACCACCCUGUCAGGCAGCCACAGACAGACAAACGUCUGCUGACUGCACAUGCAUUCAGGUGGUGGUGGGACUCUGCAGGUGUUGCUGCUGCUUCAUAAAGGAAGCAGACUGUUCUCCAGGCUUCAGGGACACAGACACACUCUUCUCUCCUCUUCCUCUCCUCCUCGCCCUCUACCUCACUGUGUCUUAG